AUGGGUGGAUUAAUUUCAAGAUGGAGGGCAAAGCCUUCCACUGUAGAAGUAUUAGAAAAAAUUGAUAAGGAAAUACAGACAUUAGAAGAAUUUAGAGAAAAAAAUCAGAGGCUACAGAAACUAUGGGUUGGAAGGCUGCUUCUCUACUCUUCACUUCUUUACCUUAUCACUUGCUUAAUUGUAUAUUUGUGGUGUCUUCCUGAUGAAUGGACAGCAAGGUUGAUUAUGACACUUCCAUUUUUUGCAUUUCCAUUGAUAAUCUGGUUUAUAAGAACACUGCUCAUUUUUUUCUUUUCCAAAAGGACAGAAAGGAAUAAUGAUGCACUGGAAGAAUUAAAGUCUCAAAAGAAAAAAAUACUUGAGGAAGUAAUGGAGAAAGAAACGUACAAGACUGCUAAAUUAAUCCUUGAAAGGUUUGAUCCAGAAUCAAGUGCAAAGGAGGCUGAACUGCCAUCUGCCGGAACAUCUGCAACCCCAAGACCUGGACAAGAAAUUCGUCAGAGGACCACAGCCCAAAGAAAUGCUUCUACGCCCCCACCUACAACUCCUAAACAAAGCUCUCCAAAAACACUGGUUCCAGCAUCUCCUAACCUGCAGAGAGACGCAUCAGCUCUGAGUGGACCCCCAGAAAGAGCUGUUGUGCCAUCCUUGCAGUCAAACGUUUUACAAAGACGCCCUGGAUCCCCCGCUACUUCAGUGCCUGGAAUGGGUCUUCAUCCUCCAGGACCUCCUUUAGCAAGACCUAUUCUUCCUCGAGAAAGAGGAGUUGUUGAUAGAGUUAUUGAAUAUUUGGUUGGUGAUGGUCCUCAGAACAGGUAUGCCCUUAUAUGUCAGCAGUGUUUUUCUCACAAUGGUAUGGCUUUGAAGGAGGAGUUCGAAUACAUAGCAUUUAGGUGUGCCUACUGCUUUUUCCUGAAUCCUGCAAGAAAAACUAGACCUCAGGCUCCACGACUUCCAGAGUUCAGCUUUGAAAAAAAGCAAUCUACAGAAUUGCGAUGUGAAACUAAGCCUCUAGAACCUAGGGAGAGGAAGCCCCUGGAGACUCAACAGACAGAAGAAUCUGAAGAGGAUACGGCCCAGAUCAUUGAGACAAAUGAGACCGAUGAUAAAGCACCAAGUCCUGAGCAGCUAAAUGAUAAGCUAGCUGAAGAAGUUGAAAAAGAAGAAGCAGAAAACAUUUCAACAACUGAAGACUCUAUUUCAGAGUCUGUUUCAGCUGAACCAAGUGAAGAAUCUUUAAUGAAAGCAGAAUAA